GAACCAUAAUCGCUUUACAGUUUGCACACAUAGACAAACAAAAUACAUACUAAUUGCUUUUAAUGGACGUAUUCUGAAUGUACCAUUUUGGAUUCUUUUAGCGGGAUACACAGGUUGUAGCGUGCAUUGCAUAACGCUAAUCCGGAAUACGCGGCGAAGACCGUUCCUAAAGGAGCCCUCUUCGACUUCAUAUCGGGUUUUGGGAGUACUUUGUCUUUCUUCAAAAAACGGGCAUAAAGGCGUGUUGUUUGACAAUGUGCAGUGGUGGCUGACUGAUACUGACCAAGUGUAUGGUGAUCAGAGGGAGGGUCUGCUCGACCUCAGUCUCAUGUGAUUGGACGCUGGAUGGAAUUAAUGUGAAUGGAAGACAAAGAGCAGGACCUUAACCUGCCAGAGGGAGAUGAGACACGGUGGCCAAAUGGAGUGAAGAGAAAAAGAAAGAACAGUCAAUGCUCUAUGAAGAGCGCGUCUGUGAAGAACAUCUCUGUUCCAGGGUAUAUUCCCAGCUAUCUGGACAAAGAUGAGCCAUGUGUGGUGUGUGGGGACAAAGCCACUGGCUAUCAUUACCGCUGCAUUACAUGUGAGGGCUGCAAGGGUUUCUUCAGGAGAACUAUACAGAAAAAUCUUCACCCAUCGUAUUCCUGUAAGUAUGACGGCUGCUGCAUCAUUGACAAAAUUACCCGCAACCAGUGCCAGCUGUGUCGCUUUAAGAAGUGCAUCUCGGUGGGCAUGGCCAUGGACUUGGUGCUGGACGAUUCAAAACGUGUGGCAAAGAGGCGCCUGAUCGAAGAGAACCGCGAGCGGAGGAAAAAGGAUGAGAUCGUGAAGACUCUGCACACUCGACCCGAGCCUACAGACUCAGAGUGGGAGUUGAUUCGCAUGGUGACAGAGGCUCAUCGGCACACCAAUGCCCAGGGCCCUCACUGGAAACAGAAACGCAAGUUUUUGCCAGAAGUCAUUGGACAGUCUCCAGCCCCCACAUCAGACAACGACAAAGUCGACCUGGAGGCCUUUAGUGAGUUCACCAAGAUCAUAACCCCCGCCAUCACAAGAGUUGUGGACUUUGCCAAAAAACUGCCCAUGUUCUCUGAGCUGCCUUGUGAAGACCAGAUCAUCCUGCUGAAGGGCUGCUGUAUGGAGAUCAUGUCGCUGCGUGCGGCCGUGCGGUAUGACCCCGAGAGCGAGACCCUGACCCUGAGCGGAGAGAUGGCCGUCAGUCGGGAGCAGCUGAAAAACGGGGGGUUAGGCGUGGUGUCUGACGCCAUUUUUGAUUUGGGAAAGAGCUUGUCGCAGUUCAACCUGGACGACUCGGAGGUGGCCCUGCUGCAGGCUGUACUGCUCAUGAGCUCAGAUCGUUCCGGACUGACGUGUGUUGAAAAGAUCGAGAAGUGUCAGGAGAUGUACCUGUUGGCGUUCGAGCACUACAUCAACCAUCGCAAACACAACAUCUCGCACUUCUGGCCCAAGCUGCUGAUGAAGGUUACAAACUUGCGUAUGAUCGGAGCCUGUCACGCCAGUCGCUUCCUGCACAUGAAAGUCGAGUGUCCCAACGAACUCUUCCCCCCACUCUUUCUGGAGGUCUUCGAAGAUCAGGAGGUGUGAUCAAGAGCUACGGGGGAACUUGCAGGUGGUGGGCAAUGGGGCAAACACAUUUGACUUUGUUUGUGCGAAGCAUACCAGAAGCACUUGUUAUUCCACAUCUUCAUGCAAUGCAGAAUUGGGACGUGUAUUUUUUAUUUGCACCGUUGGGUCCCUUGUUUGCUUUGGGUUGUCAGCCGCUUCAGUUUUUGACCUCACUGUUACUUGCCAUUCAGAUUCCUCCCACCGUCAGAAAAAAACUGGCAUCCAUUAACCUACCUCUCGUGACAACAUACCUCCCAACCUCUGAAGGAGCUUGUUUUAAAAGCGUGACAAAGAGAUCUGGAUCGUGCAGGUUUUUCAUUGAGAAAUCUCAGUCAUUUUAUAACCCGUUUUAGAGCUGUACCGAGUCAAAAGUCAGUUUGGGCACAACAUUCAACUGAAAAUAAUCCUCAAAUUAUCCUCAAAUUACAAUAGUGUUUUGGCAUUCAUGUUCCACUUUGCACGCUUUAAAUAUCUCCUUUGUAAACCUAACUACCUGUGUGCGCUCAUACACUCUGUACAUACAGUACAUUUAUGUUUUGUGAACUUGUCUAGGUUUAAACCAUCUCAUACCUCAUAUACACCAGCAUACAGACAUACAUGUAGCAACGUGUACAUGUAUGCAUGCCUAUAAUUGUACCUGCACCGACACAUCCUCUUACAAUGUUGUGUAUACAGUUCUCUUAUACCUGCACACAUACCAGUCUACUUAUAUUAAGCUGACAAAUCUGUGACCUCAUCAUUUGAAUAGCCUGUUUUUGCUUACCGCUGUACAUCUGUAAGACCCAUAUUGCUGUCCUGAGGUAUUAUUCUGAAAUUACAAUUUUAGCCAUUAAGCAUCCAAAGAUGUAGCUUAAAAACCCCAGAAGCUCAGAAUUUGACAACUUAUUUGUAUAGCACUUCUCCGUCUGCGUCUGUUGUAUCCUAAAUCUUCACCGAUUUUGAGAGCGGAGAGCUUAAAGUCUUGGCAUCUCACAUACCUCACUCACUCUACCUCAUCCCCGCAAAGCCUCCCUUACAUAAAGGUUUCUCCUUAAACCUUUACACACACGCAUUUACACUACACAGUCACACGCGUGCAACCUCAUGUACAGUACGCCCUGCUCAUCGCCUUUCUUACCGUUCAGAUAUAUUUCUCUUUCACUUUGUGAUGUGGGACCAAGUUUCAGUCUUGCUCCCGGGUUUUGAGGACAGUGAGAACGUGCCAGAUACGUAACUGAAUGUUUAGCAGAUUAUUAUAGCUCAGCACAAGAUGGCUCCUGCUCAGUGGCUCUCUACCAGCAAUUUCUUUUUUGCCAGCCCGGUUCUAUUUUCACAUUUACCCCGAAACCUGACCUAUUUAUGCACACUUCUUCCUGUCAGUCAACAGCAUCUAACGCUCAAAGCCAUAUGAGAUAAACAUGCCAUGAACUCCUGCCCAGCGCACAGGACACAGCCAGACCCUAAAACAUCACUAACCUGUUCAGUUUUUCGGGUUGGAACGCAUAGCAGCCUUUUCGACCGAUACUGUGUCAGUAUGAUGAUAAAACAGGCUCCAGGAAUCCAGGAGAGUGACACAGGAAGGCCAAGUUGACAAAAUCACUGUGACUAGCCAAAUCCGACUUGGAGCUCUCGUGAGGUCUCAAGCCAUGCACCUGACUCAGGCUCAAUCCAAUCCACCAGCACUGCCCACAGUCACAAUCUACUGCACCAGCAAGGGUUAACUGAGCCCUGCCCACAAACCCUGCUAUCAGGAAAUCAUCCUUUCUGGACAUACAAACUUGGUUUACAGCACUUUUAUUAGGGGGAAUUCACUCCUUUUGAAAUCACUAAUAUGUUGACUUUGACUUUUAAGGGGGUCAUAUCAGUUUUCUUGAUCUUUCUGAAUACAAGAUGUCAAAUGUAUCUUUAUGAACAUUAUAAGUACAUCACGAUAUGACCCUUUUAACAGAUCAAAAACAGCCCUAAAAGUGGCAAUAAACUCAACUGGAUUGAAUAAAUCCCUUGUCAAGUACUUGUAAGACAUAGUAAAUCAUAUAAAAUAUGUCUAUAAAAGCGGGAAGAAGAAGAACUACCAUUCCAUUAAGAAUGCUAUCCUGUCCUAUCUUCUGAUGAGGAAUGUAGAAAAUAAAGAGAAACGGCAAGAAACAUUGCGCAUUUUGUAGGCUGUUUGGAGUCGACAUGAAUUUGCUGAUGGACACCUGAAUCGAACUGUGAAUUUUCAGCAAAUGGAUUGUGAUAGAAAAGAGGAACCAUUGUACAAAGCUAAAGUUUGAACAAAGUUUAUUUCAUACACUGUGCAGUUUCUCAAUAUGAAUUGUAUACUGUGGGUUUGUGAAUGCUCAGUGUGGACAGCCUUCUCUUUGUUUUCCUGUCCUGUUUUACACAUCCUAUUAGUAUUAAUGCUGUCUCCCAUAUCAUACGCUCAUGUGGUGAUCAGUAGAUUUCAGUCAUUUAGUCAAGAACAAAGACUUCUGUUAUUAUAAAGCAUGUCUACAGCUGUUCAUACCUCAAAUACAAAUCAUACAAGAUGAUGAGUUUAACCUAACAUUAGAGCCACACUAAUGCAUCAAUAUUAAAUACAUUAAGCAGCAAGUCUCACUCAUCCAGUAUCUAAGAUUGAUGUGGGUCUGAAGCUAUGUCCUGAUUUGGAUUUUAGAAAGACUUAUUCUGAAGAGAAGUCUUGUUUGAAAGCUUAAACAACAUGACCAAUACCUCAAUGAAAGCUAUACUCAUGGAGUUUAUCCUUUUACGGUUUUCAGUAUGGGUUUAACCAACAACAAAGCCUCAUAAAAAAAAGAAAAUUCUGUCAUCAUCUACUUCUCUGUAACACACAAGGAGAACACUGUUUUGGGGUGAACUAUCAUUUACAGAUAAAGCUGAACCAUACCAAUCCUCACCAAAGGCCUGCUGAGAGGGACAGGCCAACCUGAUACUUGGAAACCUGUUUAGUGCAAUGCUCAAACAAGUAUAUUCUUUUAUUUAACAAUGCUUUAAGCUAAAUUCUAUCCAGCACAAACAGUUGUAUAACGAUAAACACAACAAUGAACUUUCACAGUUGUAAACGUUUGUGCAUUGUGUCUUUCUCUUGCUUGUGUACAUGCAAAACCUGCAAAAUGUAUGUGCUUUUACAAAAAAAAAAAAUUAUGCAAACCAUUAUGCAAAAUUGUGUUAAAUCAUCCUGUGCUAGGCCUAAAUUUUUCCCCAACAGCUCGGCUGAGAGGAUGAAAUGUUUAUUUUUGGGGAGAAAAUGAACAGGACCACCAGUUUUUUAACAGGUUACCUUUCAAAAAGCCUUCAUUGGGACUGUUUGUGGCUUGGUGAAAACAUUUUUUAAAGAUGUUUGCUUUUAGCUGUUGUUUGCAUGCAUCACUCAUUUGAUAACUGUGAUCACAUGCAGGAAUGCUGUCAAGUGGAAUAUUAGGAAUUGGUCGUAUUUGCAGUUAUACAAUCAAAUAACAUAGUCCAAAGUAAACCAAUCAGAAGAAAGCAGAAAAAAAGUGGGAAGGGUUUCAGAAUAACUCAGGUAUGCGUGCUACUUUCACUUCAGUAAAUGUUUAAUAAAUGUUUUUGUCUGUGAA